AUGCUUUCAGGUCCAGAAAAAUCUUACCACAACCCAGUUGUCCCUAGGCCACCCUACCGGAGCUGUGGAUACGGGCUCCGACAAAAUUCUCCCUCAAUUCCACUUGCCGAGGCCGGAUCUUGUUCUCUGAGGACUCAAGGUGCUGAUUCAAGUGUUCUGCGAGGACUCCGGGUCACACCCCACUCUUGCCGAAACCGAGUGGCUCUCUUUAGUUUCAAAGGGGGCAAAGAGGCUUCAAGUUUUUCCAAAUCAACCCUACCGUUCGGCAGGGACUGUGCUGCCGACUAUUCGACGGUUGUGCUCACGAGAAACUCACCAAAACCAGAGGGAGCCUUGCUCAACCCAAGAGGUUGUGAAACCCUUUGUUUACUAAAGCCUUGGAGGCCCAGUACCAAGGACAUACCGAAAGCCCAAAUGUCGACAAGCAGCCUUGUGCCUUCGGCACCUUCGUGCCUAGCCACAUUACCUUGCGACAUGCGAGCUUUGUGUCACCUUCGACACCCCUGUGCCUAG